AUGCGCCAAUCUGUAGGCCUAGGUCACGGCUCUAAAAAUGCAGUUAAGAGAGUAGUUAUUCGACCCUCGAUUGAAAUAGUUCAAGAUCUGGAUUGCCUUUUGUAUCUCCAAUCAGGUCUCCAAGAAUGCGAAACUCUGUCACCCUACGACACAGCUGACCCAGACAGCCGACCAAUCCCACAAAUCAACCGAAUCAUGGCACAAGACACCUUCGUUAAUGGGUAUAUAUACCCUUCAAGCAAAGAGAUUCUGCUACAAAAUCUCGCCAGGCUGCAAGAGACCAAAUCAGCAUGUAUGGGCAGAGUAUCUGAGGCGCUGAAAGCAGUUCAACAUGAAGCAGACAUUGCGAUCGAGCAUCUUAGUGCUAAAGGACGGGUCUGCGAAGCAAAUGUUCUUACAAGUAUGCUCGUGGAGUCGCCAGAAUCAUAUGGGACAAUGGCGGUAUAUGAACGAAACAGACAGUUUGAGGCUUCACAGCGUCUGGAGGCGAUGCGUCUUAGCCAAAAGCGAUGCGGGCGUCUGUUUCUUGUUAUCAAAUCCUCGACUCUUCCUCUAUGUCUCAACCCUUGCCCCGUCGAGUGCAUCUCGAUUGAUGAUAUCCAAAGCGCAGAGGGGUACUUGGAAAGGUUGAUUGAAAGAUUGAAGCUUCUGCCACUAGGCCCUCAUGGGACUUGGUCUACAAUCAAAUCGAUCCGCUAUGGCACCGAAUACUCACUCUCAUCGAGAGAAAGGGGGUUGGACAAAUACCCGCUCCUGAAGACAUCGAGAAGUCAAUACGCCAGCGCAACCUUCUUGGCGAGACCGGCGUCCAUUUUGCUCUCAAGAACAAUCUUCAAGUAG